CGGUAGCGGGGGCGGUGACAAGGGCGGGGCGCUGGCCGCGGCCGUGCGGGGUCGGAGCGUGCGGCCGCCGCAGCCCAGCCCGGCCCGGCCCAGCCCGGCCCGGCCGCGCUCGGGGGCAGCCGCGGCCGAGCGGGGCCAUGCGGGGCCGGGCUCCGCUCCGCUGCCCCCCGCUCCUCCUGCUGCUGCUGCUGCUGCUGCUGGGCUCGGCGCGGGCCGCGGCCACAGAAACUUCUCCCCAUUUACCAGCCCCCAAAAAUGUGGAGGUUUAUUCCUACAACUUCCAGAGCUUGCUGAGGUGGUCUCCUGUUGCAGUGGAGAAUGGCUCGGUGUUAUACACAGCCCAGUACAGCACAGUCUCCUACCCCACCUGGAGCGGGAUGGGCUGUGCCCAGACCCCCCAGCCCUGGUGCUGGUUCCCCCCCGAGCUGCGGCGGCGGCGGCGCUGGACGAUCCUGCUGCGGGUCCGGGCCGAGCUGGGCACGCUGGCCUCGGCCUGGGCACACUGCCCUCCCUUCGUGGCACAGGCCAACACCACUCUGGGCCCCCCCAGGGUGAACAAUGUCAGUGCCAGCCCCAAAUCUCUGCUCGUCAGCGUCAGCCCCCCCUUCACCCCUGAGCCUGGGGACCUCCUGCAGUACCUGGUGUCCUACUGGGAGAACAGCACCAGUGCCACAGAAGAAAAGCUAAGUGAAAGCAAGACACUAUUCCAAAUUGGAAAUCUAAAGGAGUCAACACUUUAUUGCUUCAGCGUUCAAGUGCAGUUGAAGAUCUACUCAGGUCACCUGUUGGAAGGGCAGCAGAGUGCCCCAAAGUGUCACAGAACUGCCCUCAGUGAGGCCACCCGAGCUGGGUACAUCAUCCCCCUGUUUGUCCUGGCCUUAGUGGCUGUGAAUCUGGUGGCAGGUGCUUUGCUGUUCCUGUGGAAACGCCGCCAAAAAAUCAAACACUGGGCUCAGCCCCCUCUGGAAAUCCCAUCCCACUUCAAGGAGUUCCUGAGGGACCCUGGCUCGGCUGGCUGGGAGGAGCUGUACAGUCCUGCUGAGGAGGAGCCCCAGGCUCUCGUGCUUGGAGAGGGAAGUGGCCAGGAGGGUGAGGAUCCCUCACCCCAACACCUCCAGGGACAGGACAGCCACUGAAGGGCCAGCCCAGUGAGUGUCACCUGCCCAGGACUGUCCAGGCUGGCAGGACAGAGCCUGGGGGGUGCUCCAGGGGCAGGGCAGACCUGAACACAGAGCCUGGGAUCAAAGGAGAAUCCUAAACAGAGCCUGGGAUCACAGGAUAAGCCUGAACAUGAAUCUUUGGGCUCACAGAACCAUCCCUGGGAUCACAGGACAAUCUCUGGACCAUCCUGAACCCAGCCCUUGAUGCUCCAGGGGCCCCUGCCCAGCUCCCCCAGCUCCUCCCUCUGCACUGGGAAGGUGGAAGGUGGAAGGGGAAGGAAAGGAACACUAAAUUGCCUCCAGACAGGUGGAUGAAAGGGGUGAAUCCCCAGCCCGGCUUGGAGCAAUAACUGCACUUUAUUGCUGUGGGAUAAGCUGGGGUUUUCCAGGGAGUGAAGAGCUGCAGUGUGAAUUCCGUUUGUACUGGUUUGGUUCCUGCUGGCAGUAACACUCCCGUUACACCCGCCCCAGCCUGCUUUCCUGAUCCAUUUUAAGUGCAGGACAAGAGAAGAAGGAAUGUGUGGGUGCUUUCCUCGGGCUGAAGCUGUGCCAAGAGCCCCUCCCGGAGAGGUCUGCUCUUAUCUGCCUGCUGCCACCCUCUGGAGGCAUUAAUCUGCUGCUGCAGCCAGCCAGGGCCCUGCACCCCAAAGGACCUGAAAGGACCUCAGAGGACCUGAAAGGACUUUCACUCUGAGUUUUCCCAACAUUUAUCAGUCAGUGUCAGACACUAAAACCUCUUGCUGAGCAGCAGCAGAAGAGACGUUGACUGAGUUCUGGUUUUAGUGCCUUAAAGCAGAAGAGGCCAAGUUAAACCCACGUCACCCCCUGUGGGGUCUGGAGUGUCCAAUAAAGCACAAGGAACAACUGGACCUCUUCUGUACUAAAAGCAAUGGGGUUAUUGGAUUUUUUUUUCCCUGGGUUUGAUACAAAUUGUUUAAGAAGCAAUAAAAAAUGUGGGGUUUUUUUGCAAGUGCCUGGUUGGAGGGCCCUGGCAGAGCUGAGGUGCCCCUGUCCCAGCCUUUCCAGGAACAGCCCAGGCCAGCAGCUGCCAGAAGCUUCAGCAGGUGUUUCCUUGCAGAACAGAUUUUAUCCCUUGGGAUUGGACAGGCUGCUGCCAGGGCAGCUCCAGGAGAGCCUGACUCAUGCGGGAAUUGCCAGCUCAGCAGCAGCUCUGCUUUAACCACCCACCCUCUGAGCCUGGGCUGGGAGCAAAGGGGGACCCACAGCUCACAAAAAGGAGCCACCAAACUCAGCCAGAGGGCAGAAAUAGGGUUAAAAACCCCUGGGAAUAGCUGAGUGUACCCCUGAAUAAACCCUGGACUUGUGUCAGGGAGUGUGGUGGCAAAUAUUUUUACACAAUUAAAAAGCAUUUCCUGGGACUGA